GAGAGCGACAGUUCCAGGCCUGUAACGAUGGGGCUUCUUAACUCCUCCGGUAGCCGGGGCACUUUUACGAGCGGCUUUGGUUGCCAGUUGUUUGCGAGGAGCCUUGCCUCCUGUAGACUUGCGAGCAGUCUGCUUAGUGCGAGCCAUUGCUAGAAGUUCGGUUGAUGCGUCUAGUGCGACUGCUCAGACAAGAAUAAUUUUUUCAGUGCCGGGGCCCUUGUAUUUAUACGCGACGGAGCAUCUGUUCCGAAACAAUCGAAACGCAGCGCAGUAGAGGGGGAAACUGUUGGGUGCCUGGAGAGAGAGGGAAAUCGUGCAGUCUAGCCCGCAUAAAUAGCGAUUUUUCUGUAACAGCACCAUCACUUAGACGUUGGCAGUCGUAUCCCUUGUACUACUCACUCACCGUUGAAGAUGACUGGACGUGGAAAGGGAGGAAAAGGUCUUGGCAAAGGAGGAGCUAAGCGGCAUCGUAAGGUGUUGCGAGACAACAUCCAGGGCAUUACCAAGCCCGCUAUUCGCCGUCUGGCCAGGCGUGGUGGCGUAAAGCGUAUCUCCGGCUUGAUUUACGAAGAGACCCGUGGUGUUCUCAAGGUCUUCCUUGAGAACGUUAUCCGCGACGCCGUGACCUACACCGAGCACGCCAAGAGGAAGACGGUUACCGCCAUGGACGUUGUCUAUGCUCUGAAGAGACAAGGCCGCACCCUUUACGGGUUCGGCGGUUAAAUUAUAAUUCGAUCCAUUUAUUGACUCUACUAAACAAUCGGCCCUUUUCAGGGCCACCAAAUGUUUUAACGUUGGAAUAUUUCUUUGUUUUAUCUUACAAGCUAUGCAAUGAAUGAUUUCGAAUGAAUUAUGUAACGAAUACUCAGCAAUGUACAUUUUUAAUAAUUAUAAAUGUUAAUGUCUACGUUUACGAAAACAAUUGAAUCCUUUUUUACUUUUUAAGGUUAUGAUUCUAUAAUUGUAAAAGAUGCAUUUUCCCUGCGCAAUGAUGUAUCAAUUAGAGACGUAAAGCAAAAAAUGUAUCAAUGAUGCUCAAUAUUAGCUUAAUUUUAAACUGCGCUAUCAGAAAUAAGUAUACAAAAAUAUAAAAGAUUGUCAUCAAUUUAAAAUAAAAAUGAUUAUCAAAUACAAAAUUAUAACUGUUCUUGAAAAAUAAUGUGAAACUAUAGUACUAAUACAAUUUUAAUUGCAAUAUGUUCAAAUAAUUAUGCAAUGGCCAUCAUCUUGGAUUAUUAUGACUGUUAUGAUUACGCAUGUAUUUGAAUAAUAAAAUUGAUCCCAAUGUAAACACGA